AUGUGGUUGUUGCCAGCAACCUUGUUGGCUAAAUAUUCCAAAGGACUUCGUCGCAGUGGCAGGGAGAAAAGUGUAAAGAUUCUCGAUGAACCAACACAAGUAUUUAUAUUAAAAAAGUAUCCAGUUGAGGAAUUGAUUACUAAAGCACGUUUUUACUACAGAAGUAACGCAAAGAAAAAGGCGAAUAAAUUUAAUAUUCUAAUGUGUUGGACAAAAAAUCUUGUUAAAACGUUAGGGGAUCGUAUUAAUUAUCUUAAGGAGGAAGCUAGAAAGACAGAUAUACAAGAUUGUUGGUAUGCACGAUUAAGUAUAGUUUGUCAUAUUCGUACUCGAAAUAACAAUAACGAUAACGCUGUUCUUGAAAAUUAUCAAGAAGCAAUAGGGUGCCUCAACCUAAGUUUGAGUAGAAUUCGUCGUGAGUUGAGGCGUGCCAAGGACGGGGAGGUUGAUGUAUUAAGAGAUGAAGUAGACGAAUUUAUGAGGGAAAGAGAUGCUUUAAGACAAUACAUUCUCGCUACUUUUCGUGGUCCCGCUCAGCCUUGGUUUACAUAUUGUUGA